UGAUAUUUCCUCAAAAGAAAAAAAAAGAAUUGUUUGAUAAAUUAAGCACAACGGGGAAGAAGAAAAAAGCUGAGCCUAGAAGCAUAACUUCAGGGCCAUAGAUGGGCAACGCUCUGUCACCUCGCAUAUCCACAGAUCCUCGCUUCGCUACUGCUUCUAGAGCUUUUACUCCAAAGAAGCUGGAAGACCUUAAAUCCUUGUAUGAAUCUCUAGCAGCACAAUCCCAAAGCAAUGGUAAAUACAUCUCUCCCUCAGUUUUCCAGGCAUAUUUUGGAAUUCAAGGUCCUCUUGGGGAAAGGUUUUUUGAUUUGGUUACCCAGAAACGGAAGGAUCAUAAACUCACCUUUGAAGACCUCAUAAUUGCAAAAGCGACUUAUGAUAAGGGAACCAAAGAUGAGAUUGAUGAAUUUAUCUAUCAGUUACUGGAUGUCUCUGGGGAUGGAGUUGUGGGGAGGUCUGAUCUGGAAGCUGUUUUGGUUGCAAUAUUUGAAAUUUUAUUUCAUGAUCAACCGAAUUCUUCUAAAUCCCAUUUGAGCUCAUCCAAGGAUAGUGUUGGCAUAUUUGUUGAUGCUGCUAACUUUUCAAAGCAUGAUGAAAGCCAUCCUGAAGAAAGUAUGUCUUUUGAAGACUACAAAAGUUGGUGCACUAUCCUUCCAUCAGUCAGGAAGCUUCUUGGAAGCUUAUUGAUGCCACUGAAUCCAGGGAGGCCAGGUUUUGAAGUUCCUCGUCUAUUGCAAGGGGAAAAUGUAGAUUCUAACUUGAUUCUACUAAGAAAGGAGUUUGCUUGGCAUAUAGGAGGAGCACUUCCUCAGCAUGAGCUGGAGGAGUGGAAGCUGUUAUACCAUAGUUCAUUUAACGGUUUGAGUUUCAGCACAUUUUUGGGCAACAUAUCAAAUGAUGAAGGGCCGACAGUCUUAAUUAUCAAGGAUAAAGAAGGUUACAUAUAUGGAGGCUAUGCUUCUCAGCCUUGGGAGAAACAUGGUGACUUCUAUGGUGAUAUGAAAUCCUUCAUUUUCCAACUCUAUCCAAAGGCAGCUUUAUUCAGGCCUACAGGAGCUAACACCAAUCUACAAUGGUGUGCUUCGAACUUCAGCUCAGAGUCCAUCCCAAAUGGGAUUGGUUUCGGUGGACGAGCAAACCACUUUGGGCUGUUCCUCUCGGCAAGUUUCGAUCAAGGGCACACCUUCAGCUGCACCACAUUUGGCAGCCCUUGCCUCUCCAAGACCAACCGAAUACACCCAGAAGUUAUAGAGUGCUGGGGAGUUGUCACAGGAAGAGCAGAGCAAGACAAAGAUGAAGCACUAAAAGGUACCGUCUUGGACAGAUUCAAGGAGGAUCGCCACAUGCUCAACAUGAUUGGCCUUGCAAAUUCAAGUGAAUAAACUAUAAUACACAACCUUUUAUCUAAGUCAAAUCUCUUGCACUGGAUAUGCUUGUUGUCAUAUUGUGCAAAACCUCAGAGACAAAUCUUGUAUAUGUUUUCAGAUAAUAUUGGAAUGAAUUUGCUUACAUUA